AUGUCUUGUCUUGCGCUGAGGAUGUUUGCCGCUGCCAUUGGCUGGGCUCUGCGACCAGUGUCCGUUGCCGCCGAGCCAGCCAGAGAUAUCUGGUCAUUGACGUUGACGGGCUAUGAGUGCCAUGGAGACACCGCCACAGUGCUUGUCGAGCAAAUGGGCUAUGGUGAGUUAUGGAGUGGCUGCUCCGGGUGUACAGACUAUUUCCACAGCAAGCAUGAUCGAGACAGCAUUAAAGACGGCCGCGUGAUUGUGGGCUGGUUGCAUAAGUUCACGCUGAGACCGACUGGUGCGUCUCGUGGUCAGCGCAACUAUAAGAUUGGAGUUGGGGCCUUGGGGGAACGGAACCGCAAAUUCUGGGUCGGGAAGACCUUCGACUGCCUGGUCCAAGAGGAGUUGUAG